AAACAUUUUUGAUUCCAAUCAUUGCAUAUUAUUUGUCAAUAAUAUUAGCUAAAUUUGACGUUUAGAACGUAUCCUUUAUUAUGCAUUUAAUAUAUAUUUUAUAAUAACUUUAUACUUUUAUGAAAAUAAAUUUAUUUAGAUAUGAUUUUGAGCCCUCUUCUAAACGUUAGUCUGCGCCCACAAUUGUGUUCGUGGGUGAAGCAAACGAGAAAUUUAAGACCAAUCAUAAAAAUAGGCAAAGAGAGAUUUCAGUUGUUCCUAGAUGUUCAUCAGUUUAACAAGGACGAAAUAAGAGUUAAGGCGAGAUCCGAAUUCGUUAUCGUGGAAGGCAAACAAGAAAGGAAAACCAAAAACGGUUGUCUGAUACGGACUUUUGUGAGAAGAUUCAAGUUACCAGAAGGUUGUAACCCUCAAGAUAUAAAAUCGAAGCUAUCUCCAGACGGUUGCUUAAUGAUCACAGCUCCUAGAAAUAAGUGCAGUGUGAACUAUCCUUGUGAAACUGUAAUACCUAUUGCUUCUACUUCAAAAGAAUCCGAUGUUUUUAAGGAAGAUAAGCCUAGUGGUUCAUCGAAGCCACCAGAAAGUAAAUAAAUAUUUGCCAUGAGUAAAAUAUAAUAGUAAAUACAGUCUUCGGGUGGGCAGAUAUUUACAGAUAAUCUAUUUUUAUCAUGCAGACAAACUGCAUACGGCACACUUCUUUGAUACAUCACUAUCAAACGUAUCUAAAUAUAAGCCGAUGAUUCACAACUAGUGCAGUAUAAUUUCAUCGGUGGCUAGAAAUUUCUCGAGUAUAUUGAUAUGUAGUUCCAACUUCAUCACGUCCCUGCUCCACGGCAUAUAAAUAGCUGAAGCUUUGAAAUUGAUUCAUUCAGGCGGCAAACUAAUAUUCGAAAGGUAUAUCGAGAUCAAAAUGUCUAUUUCUCCGUAUUUCUUCGACUACGAUCUAGGAUGGCCACGACGGCUGUAUGAUCAAAACUUUGGCCUAGCUCUAACACCAC